AUUUUUUUCUCCACCAAUAAAAUCAUCUUCCUCGUCCAAGUAAAAGAAAAAGAUUAUCUUCAUCUAAGAACCUCACACUGAGCGUAUAAAACCCUAAUAAUCGCUUAUACAGCUGUGCGAGUACGAGUCCUACGUCUUUCCUGUACACUGUUGACUGUUGAAAAUAAUGGAUGGCAAUGAAGAAGAUUUCACGUCUCAGGUUAUUCAAGUUUAUGAUGAAGAGGAGAGUAACACUUCUUACACAAGAGAUGGGUCAGUUGAUUUUUAUGGAAAACCAGCCAUAAAAAAUAGGACAGGUGGAUGGAAAAGUGCCACAUUGUUGUUAGUGAAUCAAGGUCUAGUUGCAAUGGCUUUCUCAGGAGUGGAGGCAAAUUUGGUUAUCUUCUUAAAGUUAGUAUUGAAACAGACUAAUGUUGAGGCAGCAAACACUUUUAGCUUAUGGAUGGGAACUACCUAUUUCUUCUCUUUAAUUGGAGCUUUUCUCAGUGACUCGUAUAUAGGAAGAUACCUCACUUCUGUUAUUUUCCAAUUUGUGUUCAUCAUAGGCUUGGUACUAUUAUCUUGGUCAACUCACUUCUUUUUACUCAAACCUCAUGAUUGUGAACAAAUAGGAAUACUAUGUGAAUCAGAUACACAGAAUCAGUUUUCAUUAUUUUACCUAUCAAUAUACCUAAUAGCUCUAGGAAGUGGAGUUUCUGACCCUGCAUUACCAACACUUGGUGCUGAUCAAUUUGACGAGGAAGAGCCUAAAGAACGAAGAUCCAAGGCCUUAAUUUACGGCUACUUUUAUGUUGCAUUGAAUUUGGGAUCUUUGGUUGCUGAAACUGUAUUGGCUUAUAUAGCGACUUCAGGACAUUGGGUGAUGGGAUUUUGGAUAUGUACUAGUUGUGCAAGUGUUUCCUUUCUUGUUUUGUUGAGUGGAACUCUUAGAUAUAGACACUAUAAGAGUUUUGGAAAUCCUUUCUCUAAGUUUACACAAGCAUUCAUGUCCUUUUUGAGGAAAAUGAAACUUCGAAUAGACUCAAUUGGAGAAGGCUUCGAUGGUAUUGAAAGCGAUGGUGAUACUUCUGUUAGGAGAAUACACCACACAAACGGCCUCAGGUUUCUUCAUAGAGCUGCUAUUGUUUCUGAUGAAGCAACUGAGAUGCUACUAGGCGAAGGCCAAAGGUCAUACGCAUGGAAUUUCCUAAGUGUAACACAAAAUGAAGGGGUGAAAUAUAUUUUAAGAGUGUUACCAAUAUGGUUUUGCACAGUCUUCUCCUCUAGUGUCUUCAUACAAAUGCUUUCUCUAUUUGUUGAACAAGGUUCUACAAUGGACAGAACAUUUUUCAAGUUUCAAAUCCCUCCUUCAAGCAUGACAGCAGUUGAUAUCAUAACCACAUCAACAUUUAUUAUAUUAUUCGACGUUCUUAUCAUUCCAUUAUACAAGAAAGUGAUGAAAAAAUCUCCAAAACUUCCUGGUGAGCUACAAAGUAUCGGCAUCGGACUCGUUAUUACAAUAACAACAUUGGUUGUCGCUGGUUUCGUAGAGACACAAAGACUCGAGUUUGCUAGCAAAGAUGGUGAAGAGACGAGUUCUUUGAGCAUAUUUUGGUUGAUGCCACAAUAUCUGCUUUUGGGAGUAGCAGAAGCUUUUGUGAAUGUAGCACAAAUGAACUUUUUUACAUCAGAAACACCAGAUGGAUUGGAAGGCUUGGGAAUGGGGUUAUCUAUGUUUUCAUCUGCAAUUGGUUGUUAUGUUGGUAACUUUAUUUUGACUAUGGUAAAUAAAAUGACAUCAAGUGAUCAAGGUCAACAUGGUUGGGUUUCACCUAAUCUUAAUGAUGGUCAUCUAGAUAGGUUUUACUUCUUGACAGCAUUUUUAAUUGCCAUUGACUUGAUAGUGUAUGUUGUAUGUGCCAAAAGAUACAGGGGCAUAUAAUUGGAGAAUAGAGAAGAAAAAACAAGAGGAAUUUAUAGUUUGAUUUGAGAUUUGAGGCAAAAACUUUGGUAGACUAUUAGAGAAUAAAAAGUUAAGUUAGAUGUAUCAUGCUUUUGUAAUGUUGUACUCUUACAUGGAAAUAUAUUCUUAAAAGAGCAUCAAGGACUAUGUCUAUGAGUUUGGUGCCAUAGUUUCUAAUUGUAGACAUUUAUUCUCUUUUAUAUUUUAGCAAUCUAGUGUACAAUUUAUUAGGAGACAUGUCAAUGGCUUAGCUCAUGCCUUUGGAAGGGCUGCCACAUAUUUAAUUACUUUUGACCUCUUUUAUUGAUACUCUUUGUAUUGAUAUUUUUUUGGGUUACUAUAACAGGUAUGAAAUUUUAGCGUCUUUAGCAGUAA